CUUGUAAGGAGGGUUCUGACUGGAAGGCUGCAUGGGAGGGUUUCAAAACUUGGAGCUGUCCCUUGUGCACUUGCCCUUCAUCUGUAUCCAGAAAUGACUUGAAAGUGGAUGCUUUCUUGGCUCCAGCUGGCUCGAAGAGGGAAUUUUCCGGGAGCUCUUCACGAGUCGGCAGAUUUAAUCCUCCAUGGCGGAUGAAAAGAAGGAGGAGAGCGUUUGGCAGAAGAUCUUCGGGAAGUAUGCCGAGGGCUUGACCACCGAGUACGUGGUCCGGGAAGUGUUGUUGGGGUUGACGAUUUGCUUUGCACAGAUCCCGGAAUCCGUGGCCUUCGCAUUUAUGGCCAACAUCAAGCCCCCCAUCGCCCUGCAUGCCGCGUGGAUCGUCGGCUUCAUCUGCAGCGCCUUUGGUGGACGCCCCGGCAUGGUCAACGGCGCCACCGGCGCCUUCGCCGCCAUUGUGGGGACCUUCAUCCCGCCGGCGGGCACCGGCAACAAUGGUGAAGGGGUGGAGCUGCUCUUCCCGUCAGUGAUGCUGGCGGGCCUUUUGAUGGUGGUGGUCUCAGUGACGAAGCUGAGUCGUUUCAUCACCCUGCUGCCCUCGCCGGUGAUGCUGGGCUUUUGCAACGGCUUGGCGAUCGUGAUCGGCCUCAGCCAGCUUCAUCCCUUUGAGGAUCCCAAGACUCAUCACUGGAAGGAAGGCGCCGAGAUGAUUUGGAUGCUAGUGAUUUGCUUCACGGCCAUGGGAGUCAUGGAGCUCGUGCCCAAGUUGCCCUUCAAGAUCUUCAAGGUGAUCCCCUCCUCCCUGCUGGCCAUCAUUUCUGCCAUCGUCAUCGAGUUCGCGCUGGUGCGCAACACGGGCUCCCGCACCGCCACGAUCCGCGACGUGAGCGAGUUCACCUUGGACACCGCUUUUCCGAUCCCCUUCUUCGUGUCGACCGAAGCGGUGAGCUAUGAUUUGUCCAGCCUCUUAACGGGGGAUGGGAUCUCAAAGAUCAUCGUCCAGGGGAUCUUCCUCUGCAUGGUGGGGUCCAUUGAGUCCUUGAUGACGGCCGAAGUGGUGGAGUCCUUUACCAAAGAACCGGGAAAUGGCGACCGCACCGUGAUGGCCAUGGGCGCGGCGAAUUUGCUCAGCGGAUUUCUGGGUGGCAUGGGAGGCCGGAAGCCCACCGGGGCCAGGGCGAUCGCCACAGGGGGAGGCUCGUAG